UCAAUUUCAAUUCUUAGAAAUCGGAGAUGAGCAUGGAGGAAACGUCACGCUCUGCCAACUCCGGCUCCAAUUCAAAACGAACCUCAAAUUCCAACAGGAGUAACAAUAGCAAUCAAAGCAACAACAAGAAGAAGACGAGUCAAAAUACCCUAGGCAUGGCCUGGGGUGCCAGUUCUCGCUCUGCUUCUCGUCCCGCCUUCAAUAAUUCACCUUUCUCCAAUUUUGGCAGUUACAUGGCCGUCAAGAAUCAGAAGCUUCACGAGCAGUUUGAGGCGGAGGCAUCAAGCACUUCUAUCAGUGGUCCAAAUUCUUCAAAACCUAUAUUUCAGGGCGUAUCCAUUUUUGUUGAUGGAUACACGGUUCCUUCCAGUCAGGAACUUCGAGGAUACAUGUUGAAGCAUGGAGGCCAUUUUGAAAAUUAUUUUUCUAGGCGUCGUGUUACUCAUAUAAUAUGUAGUAAUCUUCCUGACAGUAAGGUCAAGAAUUUAAGGUCCUUUAGCAGGGGACUUCCAGUUGUCAAACCCACAUGGGUGUUGGAUUCUGUCGCUGCAAAUAAGCUUCUGAAUUGGGUUCCUUAUCAGCUUGAUCAGCUUGCAAGUGAAGUUAAUAACCAGCCUAAGCUAUCUGCUUUCUUCACAAAAAACAUUGCUUGUAAUGAUGAUACAACAACAUGUUCAACUAUCCAAGCCACAUCUAGAGUUGGGAGCCCAUUGUCAUAUUCUGGACCAAUUGAAGAUCCUAUAUCAUUUGAAGAGUGGCAAUCUGCAGAAGAUUUGGAGCCUUGUGCUCUACAAUCUAAAGAUCUAGUGCAAACAAACUACAAUGUAGAUAGAGUUGAGGAGUCAAGUUGUAGCAUAGCAAUGCAAGAACUGAGUGAUGCUGCAAGUGGAGAUGGAAGCCAAGCUCCAUUUUCAGCACCUUCCAGUCCUCAUAACGAUGCAUCAGUUUGUAGCGAAUGGAUGAGUGAUCCCGUUAAUGCGGGCCCAUCAAAUUUAAAGAUUCCUAGGUCUCCUAAUCAGCAACAUUCAACUUUAGUUGAUGCUAAUUUUGUGGAAAAUUACUUUAAGCAUUCGAGGUUGCAUUUCAUUGGCACCUGGAGAAACCGGUACCGUAAACGAUUUCCUAGCUCCCCUGGUGGGUUUAGAUGCACAAGUUCAGGCCCUAGUUCUUCAGCAACAGCAAAUAAGACAAUGAUUAUUCAUGUGGAUAUGGAUUGCUUUUUUGUGUCUGUGGUCAUUAGGAAUCGCCCCGAGUUGAAGGAUAAACCUGUUGCCAUUUGCCAUUCAGAUAAUCCACGCGGAACAGCUGAAAUAUCUUCAGCGAAUUAUCCUGCUAGGGGUUAUGGAGUUAAGGCUGGAAUGUUUGUCAGAGAUGCCAAGUCAUGUUGCCCUCACCUAGUAAUUCUUUCUUAUGACUUCGAGGCUUAUGAGGAGGUUGCUGAUCGCUUUUAUAACAUAUUGCACAAGUACUGCAACAAAGUGCAGGCUGUAAGUUGUGAUGAAGCAUUUUUAGAUGCCACUGAUUCUGGAGUAGAGGACAUUCAAACUUUUGUCUCAGUGAUCAGAGAGGAGAUUCUUGAUGCGACAGGCUGUACUGCUAGUGCUGGUAUUGCUGGGAAUAUGCUUAUGGCGCGUCUUGCUACUAGGAUUGCAAAACCAGAUGGGCAGUGUUACAUCCCUGCUGAGAAGGUGGAGGAGCACCUGUGUGAACUUCCAGUAAAAGCACUUCCUGGAAUCGGUCACGUGUUGGAAGAGAAGUUGAACAGGAGACAAAUCACAACUUGUGGGCAGCUGCGUAUGAUUUCCAAGGAAACUCUCCAGAAGGACUUUGGUUCUAAAACUGGCAGUAUGCUAUGGAGCUACAGUAGAGGGAUAGAUGACCGGUUGGUUGGCAUGAUACAGGAAAGCAAAUCCAUAGGUGCAGAUGUUAACUGGGGCGUGAGGUUCAAGGAUCUGAAAGACGUACAACAUUUUCUGUUAAACCUUUGCAAGGAGGUUUCAUUACGUUUGCAGGGGUGUGGAGUGAUAGGGAGGAAGUUUACCUUAAAGAUAAAGAAAAGAAAGGGUGAUGCAGGGGAGCCAGUAAAGUAUUUGGGCUGUGGUGUUUGUGAUAACUUGAGCCAUUCUGUCACGGUGCCAUUGGCUACAGAUAGUGUUGAUGUGCUUGAGAGAAUUGUUUCACAGCUUUUUACGACUUCACACGUGGAUGUGGAGGACAUACGAGGCAUGGGAUUGCAGGUCUCAAAGCUUGAAACUGCAGAUAGUUCCAAGCAAGGCAAAGAGAGAUACUCCAUCAGAUCUUGGCUCACUGCUCCCUCUACUAAGACCAAUAACCAAAACAGAAGCAGUAGUCAUGAGAAAGGUGCUGAUGCUGCUAACAGUAAAAACAGUGUUGAUGAACGCCAAGCUCAGUUGCAGGGUGAUUCAAGUACACCUUUCAUUGAAAUGACUGCAGCGUCGCCCUCUGGUACUGCUGGAACUCUGCCUCCUAUGAACGAACUUGAUAUAGGAGUUAUAGAGUCUCUUCCUCUUGAGGUCUUUUCAGAAAUUAAUGACAUGUAUAAUGGAAAAUUGGCUCAUUUUAUUAAUGAAAAGAGAAGCAAAGGCGUAUCAGGAAAAGAAAACAUAUCUUCUGUUUGCCCUGCUGCACCUGGUGAAGCUUUUGCUGCUCAUGAGUAUAAUGAAGAGGAAAUCCAAGUGGUCUCUUAUCCUAAUAAGCUUUUUGCUGAUAUGAAAAGUGAGACACUGUCUGAUGCUAGUGUACCAAAUAUGGACGUGGUUAUUCAUGCUCCUGUCUCAGGAGGCAUCAGUCUAAUGCCUUCUUCUCUAAGUCAAGUAGACACCUCAGUUUUUCAAGAAUUGCCUGAGGAGUUGAGGACAGAUAUACUUGAACUCCUCCCUGCACACAGGAACACUGAAGCUUCACUAGAUGCUUCCUUGGUCUGUGCUAAUAAUCAGAACUGUAGUCCUUCUAUUUCAAGCAUUGAUUUGUGGGUUGGAAAUCCACCUGAAUGGAUUGACAUAUUCAAAGCCAGCAAUUGUCAGAUUUUGUGCGUUUUGGCAGAGAUGUAUCAGAGAGCAGGGGAAAAGAAACAGUUAUCUUCUGUACUGCAGAGGACUAUGUCUCAGAUUUACAUUCUCCCUGAUGUCGGUACUGAUGGAUGGGAUGAGGCUGUUAGUUGCUUAUGCGAGCUUAUCAAGCAGUAUCUAAAAUUAAAAAUUUCAACUGAUAUUGAAGAGGUUUACAUAUGUUCUUGUCUUUUAAGAAGGUUAACUGCAAGGUCAAAAGUUUUCGUAGAAGUUUACAACAACUUGCUUCCACAUUUUCAGGCAUCAGUUAGUGAGAACUAUGGUGGCAGCUUUUACAUUGCUUCUGUGACGGAAUGAUGUGUGGCAUGCCUUCUUUGCCAAGAAAAAGUGUCAGGUGCUCUAUGCCUACAAGUCCACAUUCUGCCUGCUCACUUGUUCUACUUGUAAACUGUGUAUUGAUGCAAAGGACCUCUUGUACAAGAACUCACACCUGGUUUAACAGAAGAUCUUGUGAACUUUUGACAGUACCACAUGAUGUUAGAGGAGCCCUGUUAUCUUUGACGUCCAGUCUCCCAAGAUAGUGCCUUUGGUUAUGCAUGCCUCACUACACUGUAACUGCUGAUUGGAGUGAGGAG